CUGUAUGUAAACAAACACAAAACAGUGUAACCGUAGAGCAUGCAGUUUGACCACUUCGGUCACACUGGGCACCGAGCGGAAUAUAUAUCACAUUUCGCCGACAAACUAAUUUAGCUGAUAUGAGUACUGGGUUUAUAAAAAGAGCUUGAUAACUCCGCAAUCUAUACAUUUUUAGUCGUUUUUACUGAUUUAUUCUCUAUAUAAGUCGAUAGAUACCAUAAAGUGAUUUCGAUAGGAAAUCGUACAUUAGUAUGACCCUAUUGGGGAAGUAUAUUUUGACCAAUGCGACCAUUGUAUCAGGCGACGCUAGCUAAAUAAUUUUAAUUGAAACUAAGGAUCGAUAAAGUUAUGGACGCCAAAUCGGAGGCACCCAUAUCCCCAGCCCCUACGCCGAACGCUACCCCAGUGACGGCAGAGGCAGCCAAGGAGCAAAACUGCACGAACAAUUCCAAAGGUAACCCGGUUACCGCGGCGGGAACAGGAGCGCCACCAGCGCAGGCAACAGGAUCAGCCCAGCAGCCAACCAUCAAGAAGCCGAGCCCCAGCUCGUUACCCACACGCCAGUAUCUGGACCAGACGGUGGCUCCCGUGCUACUCCACGGACUACAGGCACUCGCGCGGGAACGUCCCACAGACCCCAUCCAAUUUCUGGCCUCGUACUUGCUGAAGCACAGCAACGGAUGUGAGGAUAAUGCGCCGGCUGCCGAAGGAAACUCCUAGACAUGCAAAGCACGUGUACUUACUUCUCUCAAUACCCUUCCCGCUACAUUCUUAAGCCAACAAAAAUCCAUAAAUAAACUUUUAAAAU